GCCGGCGCAGGCAGCGAAGCAAUGGCCUUGAGGUUGCUGAGACUUGUCCCGGCGUCGGCGUCCGCGCGCGGCCUCGCGGCCGGAGCCCAGCGCGUGGGACGAAUUCAUACCAGUGUGCACUGCAAGCUGAGGUACGGGCUUUUGGCUUCCAUUCUCGGUGAUAAGACAACCAAAAAGCUGCAUGAGUACAGCCGAGUGAUAACAGUAGAUGGCAACAUAUGCUCUGGGAAAAACAAGCUCGCAAGGGACAUCGCAGAGCAGCUAGGCAUGAAGCACUAUCCGGAAGCAGGGAUACAGUACUCAAGCAGCACCACGGGUGACGGAAGGCCCCUCGACAUAGAGUUUAGUGGCAGCUGUAGUUUAGAGAAAUUUUAUGACGAUCCCAAAAGCAACGACGGCAACAGCUACCGCCUACAGUCCUGGCUUUAUGCCAGCCGCCUCCUGCAGUACUCAGACGCCCUGGAGCACCUCUUGAGCACAGGACAAGGUGUGGUCUUGGAGCGUUCCAUCUACAGUGACUUUGUCUUCCUGGAGGCAAUGUACAACCGGGGCUUCAUCCGAAAGCAGUGUGUGGACCACUAUAAUGAAAUUAAGCGGCUUACUCUUCCAGAGUACCUGCCAUCACAUGCAGUCAUCUAUAUCGAUGUGCCUGUGUCAGAAAUACAGAGCAGGAUCCAGAAGAAAGGAGAUCCACAUGAAAUGAAGGUCACCUCUGCCUAUCUCCAGGACAUCGAGGAUGCCUACAAGAAAACCUUCCUCCCACAAAUGAGUGAGAUAUGCGAGGUGUUGAUGUACAGUUCCUGGGAAGCUGAAGACUCAACCAAGGUGGUAGAGGACAUUGAGUACCUUAACUACAACAAAGGACCUUGGCUUAAACAGGAUGAUCGGACCUUUCACAACCUGCGAAUGCUGGUCCAGGAUAAGAGAGAAGUGCUGAAUUACACGACUGUCCCGGUUUACCUCCCAGAAAUCACUAUUGGAGCUCAUCAGGGUAGCCGGAUCUACGACAGCUUCAGAGAGCUGCCAGGCCGCAAGUACGCCCCUGGGUACAAUGCCGAUGUGGGUGACAAGUGGAUCUGGCUGAAGUGAAUGGUGGCCUCUGCCAGGCUGUGUCACAGCUACGAAGAAGUCUGCUCUGCCCAACUCUAUGAACUCCAAAGCUUUACAAGACAACAGGAAAAAAGCAAAUGAUCAAGAAAUUGCCAGAAAAAAGUGAUCUAACAAAAAGAGUCUGCCCUAUGCCUACUCAGAGUUUGAAGAAUCAACUUCCAUUGACAAGGUUCUGGAACCUUCUAGCGUUUGGAAUCAUCUGGGGGAAAACAAAACAAAGCUGGUCUGCUGAAAGCCCAGCUCCCACUGGAAGCCCUGUGUCCCAGUGCUGUUUCCUUGAGCUCUUCCAACUUGAAGAAAUAAAGCCGGCUCUGUAGCCCCUCA